CAGCUUCCUUUUCAAUCUCCAGCUUUUAGCCACUCUUCUGGAUUCAUUCUACGUCAUGGCACCAAUAUCGCCACCCAAAUCCAACGAGUCCGUCUACAACAAGCACAUCACUACGCUAUUGGGAUGGGUCACCCAUGCUAGUCGUAUCACUCGUUUAACCGAGUUUGAGUUGCUAAUCUUUGUGGUAUUUGUCAUGACCUUGGUGUUGGGAAAACUUAUCAACGUCGUGGCCCCGCAGGAGGAAAUCCAAAACUACUUCAACAACAAGCGCAACAUCUUCAAUGUGGUAUUUGCCAAGAACGGCUGGGCCUGGACGACCCUCCUCAUUGGUAUCUUCCAGACCUUUAACUACCGUACUAGUGCCGCGCCUAACCUAUCCUCCAUCCGGAGUAAUUUAUCGCCGCAGCAACGCUCCUCUGAGUUGGUGAAGUUCGCCGUCAGAUACACCUUGGUCACCGUGUGGUGGAUCUUCUUCACGCAGUGGUUCUUUGGGUACCCCAUCAUGGACAAAAUCUUCCUCCACACCGGCGGCAAGUGUGUGAACAUUACUCAGAAGAAGCUCUCCGACUUCACCGGCGCCAACCCUAACCACAGCUUUGACUUCCAGGUCAUGGAGAGAGCCAUUGACGCGGGGGUGAAGGCGGUCGAGGAGGAAAUCUUUGAGUCUGCUCUCGGGAGCGUCGUGUGCCGUCGCAUGGGCGGCAAAAUGACAGGCGGCCACGACCCAUCGGGGCAUGUGUUCCUCUUGGUGCAUUCGUCCUUGUUCUUGCUCUUCGAAACUCUCCACCUCACCAAUUUUGAUCAAUUGGCCCGUAACUCCAGAAAGUUUAAGAAUGCCCUUUUCUCCUCUGACGAGACCCCCAAGGACGGCAAAUGGGACGUGCAGAAGUACGUUUCGGUGAUUGGCACGUUUAUGGCCGAGAAUCCUGUGGUGGCUGUGUGGGCUCUCUGUGGGCUCUGGUGGUGGAUGCUUUUGAUGACUGCUGUGUAUUUUCACUCGUGGCUCGAGAAGCUUGUGGGGCUCUUGUGGGGCUACCUUGGAAUCUUCGGGGUGUACGUUUUACCCAGAUUUUAUCACAACCCCGCCGUAACCCGCGCGAAGCCGAAUUAGUUAUCGUCUAGAGACGCAAAAUAGAUGUAUGUAUGUAAUAAAGUAUUCAAAACGUGCAUGGGUAUACAGCAAACAACGGGAGAGGGUCUUAACGGGCUCCGCCCUGGGCUCUGCAGCCCCUGUCUCGGUGGAUGAGGUAAUU